AUGAUUUUCUCUUUCCUAAACAAGGCCGUUAACACUAUCGGCGCUCUUCUCACACGUAUACCUAUUUCUCCCGAAAGACUUCUUAACCAAGCGAUCGGAGAAUUCGAAGCUAUUCCCACAUCUGCCGAGACGUUUCUCAGUCAAGCAUUCUGCCAAAUUCGACGCAGUGCGGAAUUACAAAACUGA